CGCUGGUUAUCUUCUUCUCACGUCUUUGUUUUGCCGAGUGACACACAAGACAAGAAACGCUAUUGUUGUCUAUCAUGGGAGGCUUCAGAGCAGUCGAGGACCGGCCGACGCCUAAGGAGGUUUACAACUUUCGGUUGUACUUGGAAUCGUCUAUAAUCGCCAUUGGUGCGUUUCUCUUCGGAUACGACUCGGCAUUCAUCGGGACCACGAUCGCGCGUGCUAGUUUCAAGGCCGACUUUGGCGUGUCGGGACCGCAGGCAAACAACAUCUCGAGCAACAUUACUUCUGCUUUCCAGGCCGGAGCUCUGGGUGGUGCUUUGGCUUCGUUCAUAAUUACCGAGUUCUAUGGAAGAAAAUGGGCCCUCAACAGCAGCUGUGUUGUCUUUCUGGUUGGCGCGGUCCUCAUGACGGCGGCUACUACUCAGCUUGACUACAUCUAUGCUGGCCGUGCUCUCACGGGUCUGGCCUGUGGCUGCAUAACUGCAACAGUCCCUAGCUACAUCGCAGAGCUGUCCGUUCCAUCCAUCCGAGGCAUCAUGACGGGUUUGUUCGAGAUUACGUACCAACUCGGUUCUCUUGUAGGAUUCUGGAUCAACUACGGGAUCAACAACACCAUGGACCCAAACUCCCGAGCCUCUUGGCGCGUCCCAAUGGCCGUGCAGAUCCCACCCGCAGCCCUGAUCCUCAUGGGAGCCUUUGUGCUGCACGAGAGCCCCCUCUGGCUGCUGCGGAAGGGCAAGGACGAGCAGGCUUUCAAAGCAUUGGAGGCUCUGCGGAAGUUGCCCAUAGAUCAUCAAUAUCUCCAAGAAGAGGUGCAAAUGAUGCGCGGUCGCAUCGCGGACGAAGCAGCCAUCGCGAGCAGGUACGGAUCGGGCACCAUGGCGUUCAUCAAGGGUGCCAUGUUUGAGUUCUCGCGCAAGGGCAUGUGGAACCGCGUCUUGCUCGUGUUUUGCGCGUUUGCUUUGCAAAACAUGUCUGGAGCUGCCGCCAUCAACUACUACUCUCCCACGUUAUUCGGGUCACUGGGCAUCACCGACGUGGCGCUGUACACUGGCAUUUACGGCCUGGUCAAGGCCGUCGCCUCCAUCCUCUUCUACAUCUUUCUCAUCGACCUCUGGGGCCGCCGCAACCCGACCAUCAUCUCCUCCCUCGCCUGCUCCCUCUGCCUCUGGUUCGUCGGCGCCUACGUCUACGUCGGCAACCCCGCCGCCACAAUCGCCGCGGGCCGAGAGCUCUCCGAGUCGACAGCGGCGGGCGGACGCGCCGCGACCGCCAUGAUCAUGAUCUACUCGGUGUUUUGGUCCUUUGGGCUCAACGGGAUCCCGUGGAUUGUCUCGGCCGAGAUCUUUCCGGGUGCGUUGAGGAACAUCACGGGAACUUUUGCUGCGCUUUGCCAAUGGGCUGUGCAGUUUGCCAUCACCAAGGCCCUGCCGUAUAUUUUUGCGUCUCUGGGCUUUGGCGUCUGGUUCUUCUUUGCAUGUUGGAUGCUCCUCGCCACGACCUGGGCCUUCUUCCUGCUGCCUGAGACCAAAGGGUUGACGCUUGAUCAAAUCGAUGACAUUUUUGGCUAUAUCGGCGACAGGAGGUCCGAUGAAAUGUCCGCUUCGGCCAAGAACUCUGUCACGGUUGUUGAAAAUGCCGAUAAAUGAUUGCGUAGCUCGUAUGAUGAAUAUAUGCAGGUUAAGGUCAAUACACUUUGAUGUUUACGGUCAAAUAAUUGGGCCAAAAGUCAGUAUAUAAAAGGAACACAUUUUCCGGAUUGAUAUUCUCCCAUAGGUGGCCCCUACAGAUGGUUGCUAGCACAAGAAGUAUUAAGUUGACUUGUUACACCUCCAACAGGUAAAAGCUUCCAUACCUGCUUAGAAAACUUCGUUAUAUGUUUGAAAUGCAUUGCCGUUGCCUUUUUGUCGUUG